UAUAAGAAUGAGAAUCAUGAAAAAUGUAAUAUAAAAAAAAAAAAGCAUGAAUAUUUGAAAGCAAAUAGAUAUGUUAUAUUCUAUAAAAAAAAGAAAAACAAAAUGGGUGGUACAUCUACCAAAUUCAAAAAACAUCUACAACGAGGGGAUGAAUAUGCUGCUAUGCGGAUGUAUUCAAACUCUCCAGAACUUAAAACUCUAGAUCCAAAUUGGAGCUAUGGAGAUAGUCAUAACAAUAAUACUCUUUUACAUUAUGCAGCAAAACAUGGAAUGAAACACUUACUAAGGGCUUUCUUAAAUGAACAUAAUGGAAAUCCAAAUAAAAAGAAUAAUUCUAAUGAAACAGCACUUCAUGCAGUUUGUUCUCUUCCUCCACAAAGCCCUUACUCUGCACAAGAACGCCGUGCUGCCUGUGUAACAAUAUUAUUAAACUGGCAAGGGGUAGAGUUAUCAGAUGGAAGGAGAGAGAAAAUACGACUGAGUGUUCAAAAUAAUGAUGGAAACACUGCGUUACAUCUGGCAGCGGCUUCAGGUUUACAGUACUGUGUUGAUUUGAUGCUUUCUCACGGAGGAGCCCCAAUAUUCAAGACUAAUAACCAAAAAGAGACUGCUUGUGAUUUGGCUGUGAAAAAUGGAUAUGAAACCUUAGCUCGUAAAUUAGAGUCUCGAAUGGUUUUUGGUGAAGACCUAAAAGACAUAUUCACUGUUGUGGAUGAUUAUGAUUUCGGAGAGGAGGAAACGUAUGCUGGGUUGCGCACACAAGACUUACAAGAAGCAAAAGAUCAGUUAUUGGUAGAAACUGCUGAUAUGUUAAAUUUGCCAUUAUUUACUGCUGAAGCAUUGCUUAGAAAUAACGAAUGKUCUAGAGAGAUUUUACUAGAACGGUGGGUUCGUGACCCAGACAAAUGUUGUCAAAUUGCUGGUGUACAGGUACCCAUGUCUGUGCAGUCAACCAAAAAGUUUUAUUUGAAUGGAUUAUUACAACAGACAAAUUUAAAUGAAGAAGCUCAACUUAAUGUUAAUGAUCAAACUAUUAUUGUCUUACCCAAAUGUAGUGGUAUAAAACUUGAUGAUGGUGUAUUUAAAGUAGGUGAUUUGCACAAAAAUAGUUAUUAUUUAGAUUUUAGUGAAGACAUAUACAGUCGUAUGGAAAAUAAAAACCUUAGGCGAUCAUUGUCUUUUGGUGAUCUACUCUCACGUAGAGAUUUGUACAAAAAUAACCGAAGAUACUGUGUUAAUGUGUAUCAUAUGAACAGUGAUGACAGACAAGAUAAAAUAGAUAGAAAACGUGGAAAACUAAACCACGGCUUUCAAGUAUUACCCAGAAGAACUGCCUCCAUUCUUAUGGAAAUUAAUAACAAUGGUGAAUGCCGUGCAGUCACUUCGUUGGAUGACAGCAACAUUGCUGCUCCUAUAAGUUCAGACAAAAAACUGUGCAAUAUCUUGGCUCAACUAUAUUGGCAAAACUCAUCUAAAUCCACUAGCAUCACAUUGCCCAAACGUUUAAGUAAAAUUGGAAAAACUGCUGCCCUGGACACAUCAGAUGAAACAUUAGAGAAGGAAUCAAAAACUCCUGAUGAACUACCUAUCAAACCUGAACUGAAUAUUAGAAUUGAAAAGUUCAGCAGUCAUUCUGAAGACAGUGCUGAUAACGAUAUAUCCGCUGAUAUAGAAUCAGAUACAGGUAUUCCAAAGUCACCAACACUCUUCAUAUCGGGUGUAUCUAUAAAUCGUACACCAGAAACAAAGUCACCAGUAUCAGGUCGUCAACUAAGGUCAGCAAGCUUAACAGUACCAAAGUUYAUGUUAAAGCCACUUUACAAAGGUACAUCAGCUGACAAUUUGACUUCAUGCAAAGAAUGCAAUGUUGUCCAUACAAAUAAAGCGCAUUCCUAUCAAACUUUGUUUAGUGAAGAUAGGAUGUGUGCUUCAGCUAAUAUGGCYGACAAAAGUAGAUGUGUGUUUACAUUUCCAAAAUCAAUGACUGAUGGUGAGUUAUUUUCAACAUUACAUAUCGAUAGAAACAAGUUAAGCUCAGACGAUUUUCAUGAAGCUUUAUUUCUCAAGAGGCGUAAGCACGAACAAYAUUAAAUGCCAUGUUUAUAAUUUAUGUAGGUACAUUAUAAUAAUUAAUAUUUUAUUUACAUACAAGUCUCUGUAAAGGCUAUUUUU